CCUUUUCUAUGAGAUUUCAAGAUGGCGUCUAGCGGAGGAAAUGGGGAACACGAAUGGACAGCGGCGGUGCGGCCGCUUUUAUCAGCUUCGUACACCGCAUUCGAAACGAAAGAGCUACCUCAUCUUGUCGGAUCCAUUAUUAACAGUGAAUCGGACAUUCUUCAUCAUGACAAACAGUAUGAGCCCUUCUACUCGUCAUUCGUGGCGCUCUCUGCACAUUACAUCACCACAGUAUGUGGACAAAUACCAAGAAAUCAGUUGCUCUCGGUUGCCGCGGCAUGCAAAGUUUUGAUUGAGUUUUCUUUGCUGCGGCUGGAGAACCCAGAUGAAGCAUGUGCCGUGUCACAGAAGCACCUGAUUCUUCUAAUAAAAGGACUUUGCACUGGCAGUAGCAGACUAGACCGCACAGAAAUCAUUACUUUCACUGCAAUGAUGAAGUCUGCCAAGCUGCCUCAAACUAUUAAGACCCUCUCUGAUGUGGAAGAUCAGAAGGAGGUACCCAGUGCUGUGAACCCAGAGCUGCGACAUAAAGAAGUACAGAUGAACUUCUUUAAUCAGCUGACUUCAGUUUUUAACCCUGACCUUACCACCAUAUUGGCCUCACCUUCACUACAGGUGCCGACUGAGAGCAAUUGUGAGGAGCAGACCUCUGAUCAAGCGGUUCAAGCCAAAAUGAAGAAUGCUUUUGUUUCUCAGAAUGUGUCAAGCUUACAAGAACUGGGUGGGUCUGAGAAGUUGCUGCGAGUGUGUCUCAAUCUGCCCUAUUUCCUACGUUACAUUAACCGUUUCCAAGAUGCCGUGUCGGCAAACUCGUUCUUCAUCAUGCCCGCCACUGUUGCUGAUGCCACGGCUGUCCGCAAUGGAUUUCAUUCACUGGUGAUCGACGUAACCAUGGCUUUGGACACUCUCUCUCUUCCUGUCCUGGAGCCAUUGACACCGGGCAGACUACUAGAUAUGACUGUCCUGGCUUUGAGCUGUCUCUAUGCUGGUGUCAGUGUGGCCACCUGCAUGGCCAUUCUACAGGUAGGAAGCGGCUUGCAGCUUCGCUCUGCCUCCACCGGAACGAAAGAGGAGGACUAUGAAAAUGAUGCCGCAACAAUAGUGCAGAAAUGUUUGGAGAUCUAUGAAAUGAUUGGGCAAGCCAUCAGCAAUUCUCGCAGAGCUGGAGGGGAGCAUUAUCAGAACUUCCAGCUGCUUGGAGCAUGGUGCCUUUUAAACAGUCUGUACCUGAUUCUGAACCUGAGCCCCACAGCCUUGGCAGACAAGGGCAAAGAGAAGGAUCCCUUGGCUGCUUUACGUGUUCGUGAUAUUACCGUACGCAGCAAGGAUGGUGCGGGGUCGCCUAAAUUGGGUCCUGGCAAAGGACACCAAGGUUUUGGAGUUUUGUCAGUAAUCUUGGCCAACCACGCCAUCAAGCUUUUAACAUCGCUCUUCCAGGACUUACAAGUUGAGGCUUUGCAUAGAGGUUGGGCGAGUGAUGGACCACCAGCUGAGCUCAACAUCAUGGCACAGAGUACUUCCAUCCAGAGGGUCCAAAGACUUAUUGACUCUGUACCACUGACCAGCCUGCUCUUCACCCUCCUCUCCACUGCCUAUAGGAAGGCUUGUGUCCUUCAGCGUCAGAGAAAAGGCUCAGUCAGCAGUGAUGCCAGUGCGUCCACUGAUUCCAACACCUAUUAUGAGGAUGACUUCAGCAGCACCGAGGAGGACAGCAGCCAAGCAGAGAGAAGACAGGAGAAGACAUGUGCAGCUUGUGUCUCAGAUGACGACAGUGAGCCCAUCCUGGGACUUUGGUUUGAAGAGACUAUUUCACCUACCAAAGACAAAGUAGCCCCUCCCCCACCUCCACCACCCCCACCCCUGGAGACCUCUCCCAGACUGAAGAGCCCCAGCAAGCAGAAUCCAAGCGAAAAUGGCAACAUUUUGGCGGGUCGUAAAGAUCCAGAGCUUUUCCUCAGUUUGGCCUCCAGUAUAUUGAACUUCAUUACCACCUCCAUGCUGAAGUCCAGGAACAACUUCAUCCGCAACUACUUGAGUGUGUCUCUGACAGAGCAGCACAUGGCAACGUUGGCCAGCAUCAUCAAAGAUGUGGACAAAGAUGUGAAAGCGUCCUCGGAUGAAGCAUUUUCAUUAGCGCUGUAUCACUUCAACCACACCUUGGUGACAUCAGACCUGCCAUCCCCAGCCCUGCAGAAUACCCUUCUUCAACAACUAGGUGUUGCACCCUUCUCUGAAGGCCCGUGGCCUUUAUACGUUCACCCUCAGUCGCUUUCAGUCCUCUCCAGACUUCUCCUCAUAUGGCAGCACAAAGCCAGCGUACAAGGAGAGCCAGAUGUGCCAGAGUGUAUGAAAGUCUGGGAAAGGUUUUUGGGAACGUUGAAACAGCACACCAUUCAGGGAUCUGUUCAGGGAGAGGAUGACCUUAAUGUGGAGCACCUGCAACUCAUGCUACUGCUCUUCCACAAUUUGUCAGAGCGUGGCCAGUGGACCGUGCUCACCUUGGUCACCCAGGCCAUCACUGAAGUGGCACAGAGCAGAGACAGCCAGCUGAAGGCUGUGCCCCUCAACCUGGCUCGCCUGCUCUUGGUUUUUGACUACCUGCUGCGCCACUACUCCAAGGCGCCACUCUACCUUUUUGAACAGGUGCAGUACAACCUCCUCACACCACCAUCAACUGGCCCAAGUUCCCUGCAGGAUGGUAGCAAACGCAGCAGUCUCCCGCUUUACUACGGGCUUAGGGAGGUGGAGGAAAACUGGGCCAAGCAUUGCUCAGCCAGUUCAAAUGCUCAGCCCAAAUUCUACUGCGUUUUGUCCCCUGAGGCAUCCGAAGAUGACAUCAGCAGACUAGACAGCAAGGUAUUUCCAAAGCUGUUCAACGGAGUGGUGAAAUACGAUGAACUUUAUGCUAGGCUAAUCUCACUGCUGGCAGCUGGCUCUCAGUUUGAUACAGCAAGAAGGCAGGAGAGCAAACCCAUCACUCCUAUGGAGGCCUGUUCCCUUCAGUACUUCUUCCUAGUGUUGUGGAGGAUCCUGGGGGCUUUACCACCUUCGAAAGCCUACAUGGAGCAGCUCAAGUCUGGAUGUGGGGAUCCCAGUGAGAGUGACAUCCUGCACACUCUACGAUGGUCCUCACGUCUCCGAGUAGCCACUUAUGUGAAUUGGAUCAAGGAACACCUGGUGAAGCAGGGAAUGAAAGCAGACCAAGCAGCCACUUUGGUUGAAAUGACUGUAGCUAAGUGCAGCAAAGUUAAAUAUGAUGUGGAGCUGGCAGAGGAGUACAUUGCCAGACAGAUUUCUACCUUCUCCGGUGUAGACCCGAAUGCCGUCGUUCCACUCGAUCAGCUGCCCUCACUACAAGCGAUCUACACACUAGAUGCAGUCAUCUCUAAAGUGCAGGUGUCCCUGGAUGAGCACUUGUCAAAGGUUGCCAUUGAAGCAGACGCUCACAAGUCGUCGGAGAUCACAAAGAACUUGAUGUCUGCCACGCUACAGCUUGCAGAUGUCUACACAGCCUUUACAAGGUCUUAUCUACUAAUGAACAUCCCGGAGGAGGGAGAAAAUAAGCUGACAGAUGCCAAGCUCCAAGGUUAUGCUGCUGUGCUGUCCAUUGGCUCCACUCGCUGCAAGGCCAACCUGCUGGGGCAGAAUAUUAUGCACAACUUGCCUCCAGCUGUUCAAGCAAUAUGUGAGACAUGGAACAGCAUCCAUACCAAUGAGUUCCCCAACAUCGGUUCUUGGCGAAAUGCAUUUGCCAACGAUACCAUUCCAUCGGAGAGUUACAUCAGUGCCAUCCAAGCCGCACACCUGGGAACUCUGAGCUGCCAGUCUUUGCCUCUGGCAUCCUCUCUGAAACACAUCCUGUUGUCCUUGGUUCGUCUCAUUGGCGAUCUUAUUGUCACAGAAGAGCUCAAUCCUUCUCAAAUUGUGCAAACACUGCUGCCCCUUCUACUGGAGAGCAGCACCGAGAGUGUGGCAGAAAUCAGCACGACAUCACUGGAGCGUAUCCUUGGUCCAUCCGAGUCAGAUGGCUUCCUUGGCCGCAUCUAUGAACGUUUGGUCACCGGGUGUUAUAACAUCAUUGCAAAUCACUCAGACCCCAACAGCGGUUUGGAUGAGUCCGUCCUUGAGGAAUGCCUUCAGUACCUUGAAAAACAGCUGGAGAGCAUUCAGGUUCGCAAGGCCAUGGAAGAGUUCUUUUCCUUCAGUGGUGAGCUUGUCCAAAUUAUGAUGGCAACAGCCAACAAAAACCUGUCAGCAAAAUUCUGCAACAGGGUGCUGAAAUUCUUCACAAAACUUUUCCAGCUAACGGAGAAGAGCCCAAACCCCAGUCUGCUCUGUCUUUGCGGCUCCUUGGCACAGCUUGCUUGUGUGGAACCCUCUCUUUUGCAAUCCUGGCUGACGCGCAUGACAGCCACCCUACCCAAGGACACAGAACAGCUGGAAAUAGUGCAAGAAAAUCGACAGCUUCUGCAGCUCCUCACCACCCAUAUAGUGCGGGACAACAGCCAGGUGGGGGAAGGAGUAUGCACGGUCCUCCUCAGCACACUAAUCCCCAUGGCAACUGACAUGCUGGCCAGCGGGGAUGGAACAGGAUUCCCUGAGCUAAUGGUCAUCAUGGCCACUCUAGCUAGCGCAGGGCAAGGUGCAGGCCACCUGCAACUGCAUAGGGCAGUUAUUGACUGGCUCGCCAGAUGCAAAAAGUAUUUAACUCAAAAGAAUGUUGUGGAAAAAGUGAGCACAAACAUGUCCCAGGGAAAGCAUGCCAGCAUGUUGGAAUGCUCCUGUCACAUCAUCUCCUAUCUGGCGGAUGUGAUGAAUGCCCUGAGGCUAAGCAAUGGUCAAGGUGGCUCAACAUUGCUCAUGGAUGGAGAAGAGAAGGCCAUGGAGGUGGACUCAGAUUGGGUGGAAGAACUCGCUGUAGAAGAUGAUGAUUCCCAGGCAGAGGAUUCUGAUGAAGACUCUCUUUGCAACAAACUCUGCACCUUCACCAUUACUCAAAAAGAGUUCAUGAACCAGCACUGGUACCACUGUCACACAUGUAAAAUGGUGGAUGGGGUAGGUGUGUGCACUGUGUGCGCCAAGGUCUGUCAUAAAGACCAUGAGAUCUCCUAUGCCAAAUAUGGCUCUUUCUUCUGUGACUGCGGUGCCAAAGAGGAUGGCAGCUGCCAGGUGAGACCGAAUACCUCAGGUCAUCAUGGGAAGAGAACAACAGCGGCCUUAGUGAAACGCAGCCCAAGCAGUGGCAUGGGUUCCACUCUCAAGGAAUCCUCUGCGUUCCAGAGCGAGCUGCGCAUGCCCGAGAGUGCUGGCCGUCACCAGAAUGCAUCACCCUCUGAUAAAGGCAAGGUCACCAUCUGUGAUGGCAAACCUGGCGAUGAGGACAGACCCAAGAAAAGCACUGUGUGCAAGAGUAUUGAAGGCUGCCAGGAGGAACUGCUCUCCCAAGUGAAUGCAUCGUCUACUGCAGCCGUCAUACUGGAGAUGCUCAUGUAUCUAAUGGAAGCCAUUCAGACCAACUUCCAGCAGGCAUCAGCAGUAGGAAGCAGCAGCCGGGCACAGCAAGCCCUCAAUGAACUUCACACUCAAGACAAAAGUGUGGAGAUGACAGAUCAGUUAAUGGUACCCACUCUUGGCUCUCAGGAAGGGGCUUUUGAGAACGUGAGGAUGAACUACAGUGGCGAUCAAGGACAAACAAUACGCCAGCUCAUUAGUGCUCAUGUACUGAGGCGUGUUGCCAUGUGUGUCUUGUCAUCUCCUCAUGGCCGCCGCCAACACCUUGCAGUCAGCCAUGAAAAGGGAAAGAUAACGGUUCUGCAGCUGUCCACCCUCCUAAAGCAAGCCGAUUCGAGCAAGAGGAAGUUGACUUUAACGCGUCUGGCUUCUGCUCCUGUCCCCUUCACUGUCCUCAGUCUCACGGGCAACCCUUGCAAUGAAGAUUACCUGGCUGUGUGCGGCCUCAAGGAUUGCCAUGUGCUUACGUUCAGCAGCACAGGCUCCGUUUCAGACCAUCUGGUGCUGCACCCCCAACUUGCUACAGGCAACUUCAUCAUCAAGGCCAUUUGGUUGCCAGGCUCACAAACGGAGCUGGCAAUCAUCACUGCUGACUUUGUUAAGAUUUACGACUUAUCCGUGGAUGCACUGAGUCCCAUGUACUAUUUCCUCCUGCCAAGUUCUAAGAUCCGGGAUGCUACAUUCCUUUUCAAUGAGGAAGGAAAGAACAUCAUUGUUAUCAUGUCUUCAGCUGGUUACAUGUACACCCAAGUCAUGGAUGAAUCCAGCAGUGCUCAACAUGGUCCUUUCUACGUCACUAACGUGUUAGAAAUAAACCAUGAAGACCUGAAGGAUAGCAAUGGUCAGGUUGCUGGAGGUGGGGUCUCUGUCUAUUACUCCCAUGUGCUCCAGAUGCUUUUCUUCAGCUACAGCCAAGGAAAGUCUUUUGCUGCCACAGUGAGUCGAAGUACCACUGAUGUACAGCGACUAUUCCCCAUCAAUAUCAAGAGCUCCAAUGGCAGCAGCAGUAAAAUGUCACCAGCACUUUGCCAGUGGUCUGAGGUCAUGAACCACCCAGGGCUGGUGUGCUGUGUGCAGCAGACAACGGGCAUACCACUGGUUAUUAUGGUUAAGCCUGACACCUUUCUCAUUCAGGAAAUUAAAACUUUACCAGCCAAAGCUAAGAUUCAAGACAUGGUAGCAAUUCGACAUACUGCCAGUAAUGAGCAACAGCGCACGACCAUGAUCCUUCUGUGUGAGGACGGAAGCCUGCGAAUAUACAUGGCCAAUGUAGACAACACCUCCCACUGGCUCCAACCCUCACUGCAGCCUAGCUGUGGCAUCAAUAUCAUGAAGCCUGUCCGCAAGCGCAAAGCCGCUGCUACUGCAACCCGAACAUCCAGUCAGGUGACAUUCCCAGUUGACUUUUUCGAACACAACCAGCAGCUGACGGAGGUGGAGUUUGGUGGCAAUGAUUUGCUGCAGGUCUACAAUGGACAGCAGAUCAAACACAGACUCAACUCCACUGGGAUGUAUGUGGCGAACACCAAGCCUGGGGGAUUCACCGUGGAAGCGGUCAACAACAACAGCUCAAUGGUGAUGACAGGCAUGCGGGUGCAAGUGGGCACUCAGGCCAUUGAAAGGGCUCCCUCCUAUGUGGAGGUCUUUGGCCGUACAAUGCAGAUAAAUCUGACGAGGGCACGCUGGUUUGACUUCCCCUUCACCAGAGAGGAGGCGCUCCAGGCUGACAAGAAGCUGUCAAUAUUCAUUGGAGCAUCCGUUGACCCAGCUGGAGUCACCAUGCUGGAUUCGAUCAAGGUUUAUGGAAAAACAAAAGAGCAGUUUGGUUGGCCUGAGGAUCCACCAGAGGACUUCUCCUCAGCCUCGGUUAACAACGUUUGCAGUCCCAACCUCAACCAGGGCAACGGCUCUUCUGAUGCCGACAUUGCUACCCCAACCACCACCAGUGGCACGGUGUUGGAGAGUUGUGAAACUGAGUCCUUAUCGACCCUGGACCGGUUGGUGGUCAGUGCUCUUGAAGCUCUGGAAAGUUGCUUUGCUGUUGGUUCCUCCAAUGAAAAGGAGAAGAACAAGGCUGCUGCACUGGAACUGGCCACCCUGCUCCUGUCCAUGCCAACUCCAGCAGGGGUGCAGCAGCAGACUAAGGGGCUUCUUGCCAGCUUGCACACCAGUCGCACCGCCUACCACAACCACAAGGACCAGUCCCUGCUGAGCAAUGCAGUGCAAUGUCUGUACAGCUGCAGUCGUGAGGGUAAAGAACUUGACCCUGAUGUCUUCCAGAGGCUUGUGAUCACCGCUCGCUCUAUUGCAAUCAUGAGGCCCAACAACUUGGUGCAUUUUACAGAAUCAAAGUUACUUCACCAUGAUUCCGACUUGACAGAUGAUGGCCACAAACAGGUGGAAGGUGAAAGCCACAAUUUUAUCACACAACUGAUGAAUAACUUUUGGAAGCUACAUUCCCUGAAACCCAAGAAUGCCUUUCUCGCUCCCGCUUGCCUGCCUGGAUUAACUCAUGUGGAGGCAACUGUAAAUGCCCUGGUGGACAUUAUACAUGCAUACUGCACUUGUGAGCUCGAUUACAUCAACGUGGCCUCCAAAAUCUACAUGCAAAUGUUACUCUGCCCUGACACAGCAGUGAGCUUUGCUUGUAAGCAGGCAUUGAUCAGAGUUCUUCGGCCGAGAAACAAGCGGCGCCAUGUAACCCUUCCGUCUCCCCCACGAUCUAACACUCCAAUCGGAGACAAGGAUGAUGACGAUGACGAUGACGCAGAAGACAAAAUGCAGUCAUCAGUGCUCAAUGGAAUCGAGGAGGUUAGACCGGAUAGUCAGGAGCAGAAUGAAGUGGACCAUGGUGACUUUGAAAUGGUGUCUGAGUCCAUGGUCCUGGAGACGCCGGAGAAUGUGAACAACGGAAAUCCAUCUCCCCUGGAAGCAUUGCUGGCUGGAGCGGAGGGUUUUCCCCCCAUGCUGGACAUCCCACCUGAUGCAGAUGAUGAAACUAUGGUUGAACUAGCCAUCGCUCUCAGCCUACAGCAGGAUCAGCAAGGGAGUAGCAGCAGUGCCCUUGGCCUUCAAAGCCUUGGCCUGUCGGGUCAAGCCCCAAGCUCCUCGUCACUGGAUGCUGGAACUCUAUCAGACACCACUGCAUCAGCCCCGGCAUCUGAUGAUGAGGGCAGUACAGCUGCUACCGAUGGCUCAACACUGCGGACCUCCCCAGCUGAGCACGGUGGCAGUGUGGGCUCAGAGAGUGGAGGUUCUGCUAUUGACUCUGUUGCAGGGGAGCACAGUGUGUCAGGACGCAGUAGUGCAUAUGGGGACACAACAGUAGAAGGCCAUCCUGCAGGUCCAGGCAGUGUAAGCUCUAGCACUGGAGCCAUCAGCACCACCACAGCCCACCAGGAAGGUGAAGGCUCAGAGGGAGAAGGAGAGACGGAAGGAGACAUCCACACAAGCAACAGACUUCACAUGGUUCGUCUGAUGCUACUAGAGCGUCUGCUACAGAACCUUUCCCAGCUCCACAGUGUCAGUGGAGUUCAAGCCAUCCCUUACAUGCAAGUGAUCCUCAUGCUGACUUCUGAUCUUGACGGGGAGGACGAAAAGGAUAAAGGUGCCUUGGAUGACCUGCUUGCACAGCUUAUUGCUGAGCUCGGCAUGCACAAGAAGGAUGUUGCAAGAAGGAACGAUCGCUGCCCAAUAAAUGAGGUACACCUGGUCAUCAUGAGACUGCUCAGCGUCUUCAUGUCUCGGACAAAAUCUGGCUCCAAAUCUUCUUCUGAGUCAUCCUCGCUGAUUUCCAACGCAACUGCAACAGCCUUGCUCAGCCUGGGGGCCAUUGAAUACUGUCUCCAUGUGCUUAAGUCCCUGUUGGAAUUCUGGAAGAGCCAGCAGGGCGAAGAAGAACCUGUGACUACCAGCCAGCUCCUUCGCCCACACACAGCCUCCUCUCCCCCAGACAUGAGCCCAUUUUUCCUGCGACAAUAUGUCAAGGGACAUGCUGCUGAUGUGUUUGAAGCCUACUCGCAGCUACUUACUGAAAUGGUGCUACGGCUACCAUAUCAGAUCAAAAAGAUUGCUGACACCAAUCCACGGAUUCCACCUCCAGUAUUUGACCAUUCCUGGUUCUACUAUCUCUCUGAAUAUCUGAUGAUCCAACAGACACCGUUUGUCAGGAGGCAGGUCAGAAAACUGUUGCUGUUUAUCUGCGGCUCCAAGGAAAAGUAUCGUCAGUUGCGGGAUCUCCACACCCUGGACUCCCAUGUGCGCAGCAUCAAAAAACUUUUGGAGGAGCAAGGCAUCUUUCUCCGAGCUGGCAUUGUUACAGCUUCUUCUGGCUCAGCUCUGCAGUAUGACACGCUCAUCAACCUGAUGGAACACCUGAAAGCUUGCGCUGAAAUCGCCACGCAGAGGACAGUCAACUGGCAAAAGUUUUGCAUGAAAGAUGACUCUGUCUUAUACUUCCUGCUCCAGGUUAGCUUCCUUGUUGAUGAGGGGGUUUCUCCAGUCCUUUUGCAAUUGCUGUCAUGCGCCCUGUGUGGCAGCAAGGUGCUGGCCAACUCUUCAUCCUCAGUCUCUGGAGGUUCAUCAAGCAGCGGCCAGGGAGGAUCUUCUCAGUCCUCUCAGAGCAAGUCCUCCAGUAAAAAGAGCAAAAAAGAGGACAAGGAGAAAGACAGAGAGGGUGAAGGAGUUGGCAGCCAGGAGGAUCAGUUGUGCAUGGCUCUGGUCAGUCAGCUGAAUAAGUUUGCUGACAAGGAGACACUUAUCCAGUUUUUGCGCUGCUUCUUGCUGGAGUCCAACUCAUCAGCUGUGCGCUGGCAAGCCCAUUGCUUGGCAUUACAUAUCUACAGGAACUCAAGUAAAUGUCAACAGGAACUGUUGCUAGAACUGACUUGGGCCAUCUGGCCAGAGCUCCCAGCUUAUGGCCGCAAAGCUGCACAGUUUGUUGAUCUUCUUGGUUACUUCUCACUCAAAACCCCACAGACAGAGAAAAAGCUAAAGGAGUAUUCCCAGAAGGCUGUGGAAAUCCUGCGAACACAAAACCAUAUCCUGACAAAUCACCCAAACUCCAACAUCUACAACACUCUGUCAGGUCUUGUCGAGUUUGAUGGGUUUUAUCUGGAAAGUGACCCCUGCUUGGUGUGCAAUAAUCCUGAAGUCCCCUUCUCGAAUAUCAAGCUGUCAUCUAUCAAAGUGGACACCCGCUAUACCACCACACAGCAGGUUGUCAAGCUCAUUGGCAGCCAUACCAUUAGCAAAGUCACCGUGAAGAUUGGUGACCUCAAACGUACCAAAAUGGUCCGCACCAUCAAUCUCUACUACAACAACAGGACUGUUCAAGCCAUUGUUGAGCUGAAGAACAAGCCUGCUCGCUGGCAUAAAGCCAAGAAAGUGCAACUGACCCCAGGUCAAACGGAGGUGAAAAUUGACCUGCCCUUACCCAUUGUUGCUUCCAAUCUGAUGAUUGAGUUCUCAGAUUUUUAUGAGAACUACCAGGCGUCCACUGAGACGCUGCAGUGUCCACGCUGCAGCGCCUCGGUGCCCGCCAACCCGGGGGUGUGUGGCAACUGUGGUGAGAAUGUCUAUCAGUGCCACAAGUGCAGAUCUAUCAACUAUGAUGAAAAGGACCCCUUCCUGUGCAAUGCCUGCGGUUUCUGCAAAUAUGCCAGAUUUGAUUUCAUGCUGUAUGCUAAACCAUGCUGUGCUGUGGAUCCUAUUGAGAAUGAGGAGGACAGAAAAAAAGCUGUGACAAACAUUAACACCCUAUUGGAAAAAGCUGACCGGGUCUACCAUCAGCUGAUGGGUCAUCGGCCCCAACUGGAAAGCCUUUUGUCUAAAGUCAAUGAGGCAGCACCAGAGAAGCCACAGGAUGACACUGGAGCGGCCGCAGGUCUUGGUACAUCUUCUGCCAACGUGAACAGAUACAUUCAGCAAUUGGCUCAAGAAUACAGCGGAGACUGCAAAACAUCAUUUGAUGAGCUCUCCAAGAUAAUACAGAAAGUGCUUGCAUCUCGCAAAGAACUACUGGAGUAUGAUCUGCAGCAGCGAGAGGCUGCCACCAAGUCAUCCAGAAGCAGCAGCAGCCACCAGCCGACCUUCACUGCCAGCCAGUACCGCGCCCUCUCCGUGCUGGGCUGUGGCCACACCUCCUCCACUAAGUGCUACGGAUGUGCCUCAGCAGUCACAGGCCACUGCAUCACACUGCUGCGGGCGCUGGCCACUAACCCAGCCCUCCGGCAGAUUUUGGUCCUCCAAGGACUCAUCCGGGAACUGUUUGAGUACAACUUGCGGCGAGGUACAGCAGCCAUGCGAGAAGAAGUGCGCCAGCUGAUCUGUCUUCUUACUAGAGAUCACGCAGAAGCCACUCAGCAGAUGAAUGACCUCAUCAUUGCCAAGGUUUCAGCAGCCCUCAAGGGUCACUGGGCCAAUCCUGAUCUGGUCAGUAAUCUGCAAUAUGAAAUGUUGCUGCUGACUGACUCCAUCUCAAAAGAGGGAGGAUGCUGGGAGUUACGCCUGCGAUGUGCCCUCAGUCUGUUCCUCAUGUCAGUUAACAUCAAAACACCUGUUGUGGUGGAGAACAUCACUUUAAUGUGCCUGAGAAUUCUGCAGAAGCUAAUCAAGCCACCUGCCCCCACUAGCAAGAAGAACAAGGAUGCUGCGACUGAAUCCCUGACCACUGUCAGGCCCUACAGUAAUGAAAUUCAUGCUCAAGCCCAAAUGUGGCUAAAGAAGGAUCCCAAAGCUUCCUACGAGGCCUGGAAAAAAUGCCUCCCUGCAAGAUGUCAUGAGAUGAUGACGAAACCACCAGGGAAGGCUGAGUUGCGGAAGCAGUAUCUGCUAGAGAAGUAUGUGUGGAAGUGGAAGCAGUUCAUGAGGUCCAGGAGAGGGGAAAGUCUUUUCCCUCGCCUCCUUAAGCUGAGCCACAACAAUUGGCUGCGACAGGUCCUUUUCACACCUGCCACUCAGGCAGCCAGACAGGCAGCUUGCACGAUUGUGGAGGCUCUCACCACAAUCCCCAGUCGGAAACAGCAGGUCCUGGACCUGCUCACCAGUUAUCUGGACGAGUUGAGCUUGGCUGGGGAGUGUGCAGCGGAGUACCUGGGUCUCUACCAAAAGCUGAUCAAACCAACACAUUGGAAGGUUUACCUAGCUGCAAGGGGAGUCCUGCCCUACAUUGGCAACCUCAUCACCAAGGAAAUAGCCAACUUGCUUGCCCUGGAAGAGGCAACGCUGAGCACAGAUUUGCAGCAAGGCUAUGCUCUCAAGAGCUUCACGGGAUUACUAUCAUCGUUUGUGGAGGUGGAGUCCAUUAAGCGGCAUUUUAAGAGCAGGCUGGUUGGCACAGUGCUGAAUGGCUAUCUAUGUCUGAGGAAGCUGGUCGUACAGCGCACCAAACUCAUCGAUGAGACUCAGGACAUGCUGCUGGAGAUGCUUGAGGACAUGACCACAGGUACUGAGUCUGAAACCAAGGCAUUCAUGGCAGUAUGCAUCGAGACUGCAAAGCGAUACAAUCUGGAUGACUACAGAACACCCGUAUUCAUCUUUGAGAGACUCUGCAGUAUCAUUUAUCCUGAGGAAAACGAGGUGACAGAGUUCUUCGUAACCUUGGAAAAGGAUCCUCAGCAGGAGGAUUUCCUCCAGGGUCGCAUGCCCGGAAACCCUUACAGCAGCAACGAGCCUGGAAUCGGUCCACUGAUGAGGGACAUUAAGAACAAGAUCUGCCAAGACUGCGACCUAGUAGCACUCCUUGAAGACGAUAGUGGCAUGGAGCUACUGGUGAACAACAAAAUCAUUAGCUUGGAUCUCUCUGUAGCGGAAGUCUACAAGAAGGUCUGGUGCCCAACAAAUGAGGGUGAGCCAAUGAGAAUCAUUUAUCGAAUGAGAGGUUUGCUUGGCGAUGCAACAGAGGAGUUCAUUGAGUCGCUGGACUCAACCACAGAUGAGGAAGAGGAUGAUGAGGAGGUGUACAAGAUGGCAGGAUUUAUGGCACAGUGUGGUGGACUGGAGUGUAUGCUCAACCGACUGUCAGGAAUCAAAGAUUUUAAACAAGGACGACACCUGCUGACGGUCUUACUGAAGUUGUUCAGUUAUUGUGUAAAAGUGAAGAUCAACAGACAGCAGCUUAUCAAACCAGAGAUGAACACACUCAAUGUCAUGCUUGGAACUCUAAACCUGGCUUUAGUGGCAGAACAGGAGAGUAAGGACAGUGGUGGGGCUUCUAUAGCAGAGCAAGUGUUGAGCAUCAUGGAGAUCAUUCUGGAUGAAGCUAAUGCAGAGAUAUCAGAGGACAAGGGUAACCUGUUGCUGACUGGAGACAAGGAUCAGCUGGUCAUGUUGCUGGAUCAGAUCAACACUCCGUUUGUGCGCUCCAACCCCAGUGUGCUGCAGGGGUUGCUUCGCAUUAUCCCAUACUUGUCUUUCGGCGAACUGGAGAAGAUGAGGAUCUUGGUGGAACGCUUCAAGCCGUGUUGCAGCUUUGACAAGUAUGAUGAGGAACAUAGUGCUGAUGACAAAGUGUUCCUGGACUGCUUCUGUAAAAUUGCUGCUGGCAUAAAAAAUAACAGUAAUGGCCAUCAGCUGAAAGAUCUUAUUCUGCAAAAAUCAAUCACACAGAGUGCACUGGACUACAUGAAGAAACAUAUCCCUAAUGCCAAAAAUCUGGAUGCAGACGUCUGGAAGAAGUUCCUUUCUCGACCAGCGCUGCCUUUUAUUCUCAGACUACUCCGUGGUUUGGCUACCCAGCACCCUCCCACGCAGGUGCUGAUAGGCACGGAUUCAAUUCCCAACCUGCACAAGCUGGAGCAGGUUUCCAGCGAUGAAGGCAUCGGCACGCUUGCAGAAAACCUUCUGGAAGCACUAAGGGAGCACAGCGAUGUCAAUUUGAAGAUAGAGGCAGCUCGCAGGGAGACCCGAGCAGAGAAGAAGCGCAUGGCCAUGGCCAUGAGGCAGAAGGCUCUGGGAACCCUUGGCAUGACUACCAAUGAGAAGGGUCAGGUGGUGACCAAGACUUCGCUCUUGAAGCAAAUGGAGGAGUUGAUAGAGGAACCAGGCUUGACAUGUUGUAUCUGUAGAGAAGGCUACAAAUUCCAGCCCACCAAGGUCCUGGGUAUUUACACUUUCACAAAGCGAGUGUCCUUGGAGGAAUUCGAGAACAAGCCUCGCAAACAGCAGGGCUACAGCACUGUGUCGCACUUUAACAUUGUCCACUACGACUGCCAUCUGGCAGCUGUCAGGCUGGCCCGUGGGCGAGAAGAAUGGGAGAGUGCCGCUCUCCAGAACGCCAACACCAAGUGCAAUGGCCUGCUUCCUGUUUGGGGGCCACACGUGCCCGAAUCAGCAUUUGCUACGUGCUUAGCAAGACAUAACACAUAUCUGCAGGAGUGCACCGGCCAGCGUGAGCCCACAUACCAACUGAACAUCCACGACACCAAACUGCUGUUUCUUCGCUUUGCUACCGAACAGUCAUUCAGCGUGGACACGGGUGGAGGCGGCCGAGAGAGCAACAUCCACCUCAUCCCCUACAUCAUCCACACUGUACUCUAUGUGCUUAACACAACAAGGGCUACUUCCCGGGAAGAGAAGAACCUGCAGAGUUUUCAGGAGCAGCCUUGCGAGAAAUGGGUGGAGACCUCGUAUGAGGUGGAAGGGCCCCACUACUACACCAUCUUGGCCAUGCACGUCAUGCCGCCCGAACGCUGGAGGACCUCACGGAUGUACUUUCUACGCAGACUCCUGGUCAACGCACAUGCCCGCAAGGUGUCGGCGGGCAGCACCAACAAACUGACAGAUAAGUCACCAAAGGAAUAUGCAGUCUAUCGCUCGCCUCUUCUCUUCUGGGGCCUGGUGGAUCUUGUCUAUGACAUGUUCAGGAAGGUGCCCACCAGCAACACAGAGGGGGGCUGGUCCUUCUCACUUGCAGAAUACGUCCGUCACAAUGACAUGCCUAUCUACGAGGCCUCGGAGCGUGUGCUCAGGGCUUUCCAGGAUGAACUCAUGCCUGCAGAGUCCUUGGCAGAGUUCUUCGACAUUGUAGGUCUCCUCUCGGACGUCCCUGACCCGGACCUCUUCCUGCAGGAUUUGUUGAACUCUGUGCCCUGAUGGCAGUCUGGUACACCCGCACCUUUCCAAAUCCAAAUCUGUGUCACCCACUACUGUUCGGUAUAGCCAACAAGUCCACACCAUUGUCCUCUGUGUACACCCACACAGGGACACAUACUUCAUAAUACUCACCUUCCUCCACCCCCCUCCCAAAUGUCAUGUUCCAUCUAACCUAGAGUCUAUGUGUAAUCAAACUCGGCACUACUUCAACAUCCAUACAUCCAUCUAAGUAACGCACACACAAACCAACUCGUUUGGCCUUCAGUUUGUUGGUGUGACUAACAUGCCCGCUACAUGAUGACUGCCAUUUUAUUUGACUUCCUUUUGUUUUAAAUUGGCAGAGACACGCUCACACGUUUGAUCUCAUUUCUUCUCUUUCAAGAUGGUCCUAACUGGAAUUUGAGUGACACACACACACACACAUUAAAAGCAUGUUUCUUUUUCCCCAUUUAGUGUGAAUGAUUAUGGUUUCUUUUAUCAACCUCCAGUAGCAAAAAAAAACAACAUAUAGGUCAAAGAGUCCCAUCUGUUGCUGUGAUAAUAAAGCAGUUAUAUACUUAA